GUUUGGGGAAGUUUCUGACCAUUCAAAUUGGAGAAAUUUUGAUCCAAUGCCCAACAUCUCUGUUUCUGUUGACCAAAAAAAAAUAAUCUCUGUCUCUGUGUAUUGGUUGUAUCGGGUAAGGGACAUGAUUUUCUAAAAGUCAUGACAUGAAAGUGCUUCGACUAAAAUUCUGACCUGGAAUUCCUUUUUUGUUUUCUUUCUGGAAUUCCUUUUGGUGGUGCUAUAUCAAAUGCCAUUCUACUUAAAUAUAUAUAAAAAAGGGAGGGAGAGAGCAGAGGUGGGCGCAGACGUGUACAGUGACCAAGGUUGAUCCUUCAAAUAUUAUAAUAAUAUGACUCUUUCUACAAAUACACCACCGCCAACGCCUUCCUUCUCCAAAACCCCAAACUCCAAACCCAACAAAAAUUCAACAAUGAUGUCGACCUCUCCGAAUCCAGACGCCUCUGUUUUUGCAGGCAUAAUGGAACUUCACUUCAAAAACCUCCAUCUGAUCCCGGAACAGCUUCUCCUCAACAAAGAAGAAAUGCUUCCCAUACUGCAAAAGUGCUUCUCACUCACUUUCCUGAAAGAGGGCCUUGCAGAACAAAUUGCCGUCCAUAAAAGCGAUUCAGCCCAUCGGAUUAACCCCAGUCCGCUGGACUCUGCUCUUCUCAAGGACUGCGUGGCGCAGGUUCUGGUGGCCAGCAACAAACGCUUCAUCAAAAUUGUGCAUUGCUACCUGCUUGAAGCUGGCAAGGAGAAACAAGCUGAAGAGUACCUGCAAAAGGUGAGCCCUGCAUCUCGGGUCCAACACUUGGACUCCAUCAAGAUGUGGAAUUACCUUACUCUGCCAUUCCAGGUGUUCAAGGUAAUGGAAGAUAUGGGGUUAGGCGCAAAUCCUUCCACUUUCUUCAUGCCUCCAGCACCACCUGAGGUUUUUCCCACUCCGGCACCGGGCUGGAGGCCUGGCCAGGCUAUGGCUGACGGAUGAGGCUGGCAUUGUUCCUGAGACCGAGGACAGCACUUCAACAGCCGUGGAGCCUAACCCUGUUGG